AUGCCAAAUGAUAAUACCAACAUAACCUAUCGUUCGGAAUGUGAGGAGGUGUACAUAUCUGCCAAAUCUUUACUCACUUCAUUAAUUUCUAAUAAAAAACAAGACUUGGGUUCUCAAUCUACUGAACUUAAUCAAUCUUUUAUACUAAAAUCAACUCAAGCAACCAAUCUUUACAAAAUUAAACUGCCUAGAUUCGAUGGAAAGUAUUCUGAAUACCCUAACUUCAUCGUGAGCUCAUUGGAUGGGAUUGCCAAAAAUGCUGUUCGUGAAUUUCGAAUUUCGGAUGAAAAUUAUCCAAAAAUUCUCAAACAUUUAAAUUAUAGAUUUAACAACAAAACGUUAAUGUUUCAAGAACUAAUUGGAGAAUUAUUUCAGUUGCCUAAAAUAACGAGGGCCACUGCAACAAAUCUUAGAAAUAUGGUUGACAGUGUUAACGCUAUUUUAAGCUCCAUGCUAUCUAUUGGUUCUGUUGAGAACAUUGCGAAUUCAAUGAUUAUUUAUGUCGUAAUGAGUAAAUUAGAUGCUGAGUCACAAAAUAAAUGGGAAGAAACCGUUGAUUUUUCAAAUUUAUUGAGUUGGCAGGAUUGCUCUAAGGUUCUAAGUAAAAGAUGCCAGUUCCUUGAGUGCAAAGAGGUCAAACAAUCUUCUUCGCUGUCCGCUAAAUUUCGAAACAAAUCGUUUUCUCACAACUCAACAGCACUUUCGGUAUCACAAUCGGGAGCUCGAAAUUCGUCGUCGUGUCUUAUUUGCAAUGAUAAUAGUCACACCAUUUAUAAAUGCAAAACAUUUUCUGAAUUACCCGUAAUAACUCGCUUUCAAAACAUAUAUAAUGAAAAGGUUCAUAUAAUAUGUAAAUUAGGAUGGUUUUUGAAGAGUUGUAUGAAGUAUGAAUAA